AUGGCGACGAGAUGGUCGUUGUCGGCGUGUACGUCGACAUCUGCUGGUGACGGGAAAGAGUGUCGCGUCGGUCUAGAGCUUCUUCAAGAACCUGGCGUCGCUAUCGAUCAAGAAUUUGGUCACAUCCACAAGGUUCAAGGGAUGCGGGUGGAUCUCGGGAGCGAUGGCGCGUAUUGCAUAGAUAAGGAGGAGGCGAUCAAGGAGAUCCUGCGCGCAAAUGCGAUGAGAGACGCAAACCCGACCAAGACGCCAAUCUAA